CGUGAACACGAAAAUUGAAGCACUCAGAACAAACCCCUUGCCACCCGAGGCAGUCGUCCGUUCUCCCUCCCACGCCCCUCUUCCUCCCCCUUCCCCUCCGCCGCCGCCACCGCCACCGCCGCCGCAAAGAGAAGCGCGAGAGAGUGGGGCGGCCGUAGCAAGCGAUGCCGAACAAGCGUCAGCGGGAGGCGCGCAAGCGCUUCCGCGAGGCGAAUCCCGGCCUCUGUCCGCCCGCGCCCGCCCCUCCGGCCGACGGCACCAAGAAGAAGAAGAGCAAGAAGAGCAUGUUCAAGAAGGUGAAGAAGGCCGGAGCCGGCGGCGGAGUAGGAGGAGCGGGGAGGUCGAAGCACCCGCUGCGGGUUCCCGGGAUGCGGCCCGGGGAACAGUGCUUCAUCUGCAAGGGCACCGACCACGCGGCCAAGAACUGCCCCGAGAAGUCCUAUUGGGACAAGAACAAGAUCUGCUUGCUCUGCAGGGAGCGAGGGCAUAGUAUGAAGAACUGCCCUGACAAAGGUGAUGGGGAUUUGAAGAAAUUCUGCUAUAACUGUGGUGAAUCUGGGCAUUCCCUUUCCAAGUGCCCGAAGCCCAUUGAAAAUGGCGGUACAAACUUUGCGAGCUGCUUUGUCUGCAAACAGCAGGGACAUUUGAGCAAGGAUUGCCCCGAAAAUACACACGGCAUUUAUCCCAAGGGUGGUUGCUGUAAGAUAUGUGGUGAAGUUACACACUUGGCGAGGCAUUGCCCGAACAAAAGGCAACAGUACUUCGAAUCCUCGGUGGAUGAUGGUAUGAAUAUGGAGGGAGAUUACCAGGAAGACCAUACUCUGCAUGGUGGAGAUGAUCUUGAAGAUGAUUUCAUUGAUGAAGAAGAGGCGAACUCGGCGUCGGGCAUGGCCGUGAGCGACGAGUGCAAGCUCAAGUUCCAGGAGCUCAAGGCGAAGCGGAGCUUCCGGUUCAUCACGUUCAAGAUCAACGAGCAGACGCAGCAGGUGGUGGUGGACCGGGUGGGGCAGCCGGGCGAGACCUACGCCGACUUCACCGCCACCAUCCCCGCCGACGAGUGCCGCUACGCCGUCUUCGACUUCGACUUCGUCACCGACGAGAACUGCCAGAAGAGCAAGAUCUUCUUCAUCUCCUGGUCCCCGGACACGUCCAGGGUGAGGAGCAAGAUGCUGUACGCGAGCUCCAAGGACAGGUUCAAGAGGGAGCUGGACGGCUACCAGGUGGAGCUGCAGGCCACCGAACCCAGCGAGAUGACGUUGGACAUCGUCAAGGCCAGAGCCCUCUGAACAAAUUUCUCAUCGCAUCGCUCCUUGCAGGCUCCAAGGCCAGCAGCUGGAUCUACAUCACGCCCUACGUACCUGCGCCCCCGUACCAUCGUAUGCCGUUUCCCCUCCGUCGUCGGUGUCGGAGCCUCCCCCUCCUUGUAAACUAGACAUAGAUGGUCUCUCUCGUUGUCUUUCCCGUUUCCAAGAUUUUAGACGGCAUGCCCGAUCUUAUUUCCCCCCUUGUUGCUGAGGUGCGUACUACGUAAAUUUGUCCGUGCUCGUUGUGUAAGCGACUCGCUCCACACGGGCCGCACGGCACUUAUUCACGAAAAGACAAACAUUGUGGUGUGUUUUGCUCCA